CCACCGCCGCCGCCAACGCCAAAGCCAUACGUGCCACCGCCACCACCACCAAAGCCAUACAUUCCACCAGCACCAGCACCAAAACCUGAUGGUUAUUCUUAUCCAAAACCAGUAGUUCCAUUUCCAAUUCCGGAAGUAAGAACGACACAGAGGCCAGUAACCAGACCGCCACCACCACCACCAAAACCAUAUAUACCACCAGCACCGGCACCGCAACCAGGAUAUUCAUAUCCAAAACCAGUAGUUCCAUUUCCAGUACCAGAAGUAAGAACAACUCAGCGCCCACAAACUAGGCCGCCACCACCACCACCAACUCCGAGACCAUAUGUACCUCCACCUCCACCACCAAAACCAUAUAUACCACCUGCACCUGCACCAAAACCUGAUGGAUACAAUUAUCCGAAACCUGCAAUUCCAUUUCCGGAAGUAAGGACGACACAAAGGCCUCAAACUCAGAGACCAUAUGUGCCACCACCACCACCACCAAAGCCUUAUAUUCCACCAGCGGCACCAUCAGGCGGAUACUCGUAUCCGAAGCCAAGUAUACCAUUUGAGGUAAGGACUACACAAAAACCACAAACACAAACACCCUACAAACCUUAUUCACCACCUAAGCCCAAUCCACCUCCUUCUCCACCAAAACCUUAUUUACCACCGGUUGUUCAGAAGCCUUCAGUUCCGGUUAUUGUAGAUCUGAGGACAACAUCCAGACCUGUUACUAGACCGCCGCCACCUCCAACUACGAGCAAACCAGUAUAUUUACCGCCAGCCACAACUCAGCGUCCUGUAACCAGGCCGCCACCACCACCAACGUACUUACCGCCACAGCCAAAAACAACAAGGCCACCGCCACCACCAACCACGAGUGCUCCUACAUAUUUGCCGCCAAAAACAACACAAAGACCAGUGACGAGGCCGCCACCACCACCUCAACCAAGAACAACGCAAAAACCAGUAACAAGACCAACGCCGGGGCCUACUUAUUUGCCUCCUCAACCAAGAACUACACAAAAGCCAGUGACAAGGCCACCACCGCCACCCACAUAUUUACCACCACAGCCUAGGACGACUCAAAAACCAGUAACAAGGCCAACACCUCCACCACAACCAAUAACCACGCAAAAACCAGUAACUAGACCUACUCCAGGGCCAACAUAUUUACCGCCACAGCCGAGGACAACGCAAAAGCCAGUUACAAGACCUCCUCCACCACCAACGUAUUUGCCGCCUCAACCAAGGACUACACAAAAACCAGUUACGAGACCACCGCCACCUCCAACUUAUUUGCCACCUCAGCCAAGAACAACGCAGAAGCCAGUAACAAGGCCACCACCACCACCAACGUAUCUGCCACCACAGCCUAAGACAACUCAAAAACCGGUAACUAGACCGCCGCCACCGCCAACUUAUUUACCUCCUCAGCCAAGGACAACGCAAAAACCAGUACCUAGGCCUACACCUGGUCCAACCUACUUGCCGCCUCAGCCAAGAACUACACAGAAACCUGUGACAAGACCACCGCCACCACCGCAGCCGAGGACAACACCAAAACCUGUAACAAGGCCACCGCCACCGCCAACUUAUCUACCGCCCCAACCAAAAACAACUCAGAAGCCAGUAACGAGACCAACGCCGCCGCCGACCUAUUUACCACCACAGCCGAGAACUACACAGAAGCCAGUGACCAGGCCACCUCCGCCGCCGACAACCCAAAAGCCAAUAACAAGACCAACACCGGGUCCUACUUAUUUGCCACCACAACCAAGGACUACACAAAAACCAGUAACACGUCCACCACCACCACCAACAUACUUACCACCUCAGCCAAAGACAACACAAAAACCAGUAACCAGGCCACCGCCACCUCCAACUUAUUUGCCACCUCAGCCAAGAACUACGCAGAAACCAGUAACUAGAGCAACACCACCACCUACUUAUUUGCCGCCUCAGCCAAGGACAACGCAAAAACCAGUGACAAGGCCACCACCACCACCAACAUAUCUGCCACCUCAACCUAAAACAACUCAAAAACCGGUGACAAGGCCACCACCACCACCUACUUAUUUGCCUCCUCAGCCAAGAACAACGCAAAAACCGGUAACUAGGGCAACACCAGGUCCAACAUAUUUACCACCACAGCCAAGGACGACACAAAAACCAGUAACACGUCCACCACCGCCACCACCUCAGCCAAGAACAACGCAAAAGCCAGUAACUAGGCCACCACCACCACCAACCUAUUUGCCUCCUCAGCCAAGAACAACGCAAAAGCCAGUAACUAGGCCACCACCACCACCAACUUAUUUGCCGCCACAGCCGAGGACUACGCAAAAACCAGUGACAAGGCCACCACCACCACCAACUUAUUUGCCACCACAGCCGAGGACAACGCAAAAGCCGGUGACGCGGCCACCACCACCACCAACUUAUUUGCCACCACAGCCGAGCACUACGCAAAAACCAGUGACAAGGCCACCACCACCACCAACUUAUUUGCCACCACAGCCGAGGACUACGCAAAAGCCGGUGACGCGACCACCACCACCACCCACUUAUUUGCCUCCGCAGCCAAGAACAACUCAGAAGCCAGUAACAAGGCCACCACCACCACCAACUACUAAGGCACCUGAAUACUUGCCACCAGUUACGACUCAGCGCCCUGUAACUAGACCGCCACCAACAACUAGGCGACCAUCAACACCAGGAGCUCCAUAUUUACCACCAGCGCCUGGUCAAUCAGGAUAUUCUUAUGCGCAACCAGGAUUUGUUUUCUAAAUGAAAACUUAUUGAUGAAAUGUAUAUAAUGUGAACUACGCUCUCUAUUUUUAAGAUGAAAUGUUGCAUUUAUGUAGGUUGUUCAAUUUUUAUAUCCUAUUGUAUUUAGUUAUAGAUGUAUUUAUAGUUACUUGGAAGAGUCAAUAUAACAGUGCCAUAAAACUUAGUAAUAAAUAGCUACUUAAGUAUAAAAU